UUGCGUCAUUUCCUGUGCCGUGACUGAGGCUGCUGAGAGCAAACACUAGUGCAGUUUCCAGUGGUUUAGUCAGUAGUUAUUGACUGAUCAUCUUCAUCAUGGCCAAAAGUGACAGCUCCUCAUAUUUCAGGAGAUCCAGUGUGUUCUGGAUCGUGAUCGUGGCGGGUGCUUUGGGGUUUUACACGUGGACGGUGUUCUGGCCUCAGGGCGUCCCGUACAGCAGUCUCGGUCCUCUCGGCGCUCUCGCCAAACACUUAGUGGACUCUCAUUAUCCGGUUCUGUAUUACGGAUGGUAUCUGACAUGGAUCAUUCAUACAUUCGAGGCCCUGUUUGCGCUGAAGGUUUGCAGUGAUAAAGGCAUCAACAGCUCGUCCGCUCGUCUGCUGUGGUUUGUUCAGACCUUCUUCUUUGGAUUCGCAUCUCUCGGUAUUCUGCUCAAAUACAAACCCGACGGCCGAUCCAAGCGCCAGUGAGACGGCACAGCCCUUUCCCAGCAUGCACUGCUCUUCAUCUCCCUGCAUGCACUGGUCUCAGCAGUCAGUGCAUUAAACAUCACAACACACGUGUGUGUGUACAUGAACCUGCAGUGAUCACGGAAACGUUAUGACCCAUAUCCAGACAGCAACACGGACUCGCCACAUCCGGUGUGUGUGUGUGUGUGUGUGUGUGUGUGUGUGUGUGUGUGUUGGCCGGACUGCACAUGUUCCAGAUGUGGGCCUGAUCCGUGUUGCUGUAACUCUUCACUAAAGCCUUUACGUUCAUGCAUUACGUCUUUUCAGAAAAAUUGCAUUCUAAUAUUUGUGAUUUAAAACUGUAUGUUUGUGUUUUAAUGCAUUAUAUAUUCUUAAAGUGUAACAGUUAUUCAUGACAUCAUACGAAGAAGGCAGAACAAAAUCAGUAAGACUUUAUAAUAGAGUUCAUUAGUGAAUAUUAACUGAACGAGUGAUUCAUUAGUUCCAGCUCAUGUUGAUCUCAUGUUAUCUGACUGCAGUAACUGAUGAGAACUAACACAACCUUUGAUUUUAAUACUGUAUUAGUCAAUGUUAAAUUAAUAUUACAUAAGUGUUCUCACUAAUGAACAUCACCACAGAUCUGGUAUUCUGCAUGACAUGUAAAGGCUUUAGUGUUAUUAUAGUAUAUUUCCCCGGGAACAGUAUUAUGAGAUUUACUUUUUAAAAAAAUUUUUUUUUUUUUUUUUAAAUAACAUAUUAUGAACAGAUUCAUAACUCCGUGUGUGUGUUCUGUAAUCUGGACUCCAGCGCCGCGAGUGUUUUAAACAGAUGGAGAAUAAACUGAUCUGAAAUGUG